CUGUGUUGUGUUAUGUUUUUCGUUGUUGGUUUUUUUUUUGCACAGAAUUGGGCUUCUUUUGGUUGGGUCACGAAACCCAUUUGUCUUACCACGAGAGCGGGAGAGGAGGCGAAGGUGAGAGUCUCCGAGAGAGGAACAUUGGAGCAAACCCCAAUCCUCUUCUUCCUCAAUUUUCGUCUGCUCUUCAAACUCGAAUGAAAACCACCACCAUUCUUCCCACUUUGUUUUCUCUUUUGCUUCAAAACCCGUAAACCCUAGGAUAAAGGGGGAAGCAACCCAGAGUGUAGAGCAUCGGAAAACAAAGGCGAAUCGUGAGCAAUCGAGAGCGUGGAAGUGGAGAGCGAGAGGUGUUCAAAGAGUUUCGCGUCGAGGGUUUUAGCGUGAGGAGAAUUCUUACCAGUGAAAGAGACGAAGGAUAGAAAUGGAUCUUCUGUGGAAUGCUUAUUCUAAUGUCUCAGAUGACGAAGAACAACCCAAACGGCAAAGACUAUCAUCCUCUUCCUCUAAUCUGCCAAAACGACAUCUUCCUUUGCUGUCUCCUCCUUUAUUUCACCGAACGCAAUCUCCCAUUCCGGGAAGUUAUAUAUCAAAACGACAACGCGCUCUGAUGGGUCCCACCCCUGUCCCUCUUCUUGAUCCCGUUCCUGUUCCAUCUCCCGUCAUGCUACCAGGUAGUAUCUCAGUUACUGAUGUACACCAUAAUAUUUUGUCAUUGUUGAAAAGUAAAGCAAAGGAUCAUCAAAGCCAAAACCUGAUAUCUGAAAAGCUAUCUGCAACUUUAUCCGGGCAUACUAGUGCAGUCAAUGCUAUACAUUGGUCAUCAACUCAUGCUCACCUACUUGCAUCUGCUGGGAUGGAUCACACAAUUUUCAUAUGGAAUGUAUGGAGCAGAAAUCAGAAGAAAGCGUGUAUGCUAAACUUCCACAAUGCUGCAGUCAAAGAUGUGAAAUGGUCUCCGCAAGGCCACUUUCUACUUUCUUGUGGAUAUGAUUGCACGACAAGAUUGGUCGACGUUGAAAAGGGAUUGGAGACUCAGGUUUUCAGAGAAGAUCAAAUUGUUGCAGUUAUAAAGUUCCAUCCAGACAAUUCAAAUAUCUUCCUUUCUGGAGGUUCAAAUGGCCAUAUCAAAUUGUGGGAUGUCAGAACGGGCAAAGUAGUUCAUAAUUAUAAUCGAAAUUUAGGUCCAAUUCUCGAUCUUGAGUUCACAAUGAAUGGGAAGCAAUUCAUUUCUUCUUGUGAUGUAUCUCAAAGUAAUAUCAGUGAGAACGCUAUUAUUGUUUGGGAUGUUUCAAGGGAGGUACCAUUGUCUAACCAGGUUUAUGCAGAAGCUUAUACAUGUCCUUGCGUGAGGCUGCACCCAUUUGAUUCAAUUUUUGUUGCCCAGUCAAAUGGAAAUUAUGUUGCAAUCUUUACUUCCACCCCACCUUACAGGCUCAACAAAUAUAAGCGAUAUGAGGGCCAUGUGAUCUCUGGGUUCCCAAUCAAGUGUAAUUUCAGCUUGGAUGGGAAAAAACUUGCUUCUGGCUCUUCAGAUGGUUCUAUCUUCCUUUAUGAUUAUCAGUCAUCCAAAGUUGUGAAGAAAAUCAAGGCCCAUGAUCAAGCAUGCAUAGAUGUUGCCUUCCACCCCAUUAUACCUAAUAUUAUUGCUUCAUGCUCGUGGGAUGGAAGUAUUUUGGUAUUUGAGUAGUGAUACCUAUUAUCAUCCCAUUCCAGGGUAAUCUUUAAUUUUCCCAAAAGUCAAUGGGCAUGCAUUUGGUUACUUCUAGAAAAUGAUUUGCUAGGAGAGUGGAAAACUCUAGCUUUCUCUUAGUCUAGGCAGCUGUUUCUUGUUUAUUAGAUACUGUGUGAAUAAUGAAACCUCUCACAAGUCAAUGUUUUCUUAAA